CUGAACAGUCCGGCAGAAUACAAUGUAAACAAACAAUUCUCUCCAUGGAACUUCUCGAUAGAAAAGUUUUUCAAACGUUUAGCCAGAAUAUUGCUAUCAAAUAUUACACGUGCAAAGAAACUGCCUUUGAGGCAACCUACGAUCAACUAUGGCAAAAUAUGCUGAAGAUAGCAGGAGUAUUGAAGGAACAGAAUUUGGAAGGAAAAAUUGUUGGCGUUCAAUUGUUUCAUUGCCCAGCGCUAAUUGCUGUUAUAGGAGGCAUCAUCAUCUCGGGCAACACAUUUUACUGCAUUGACAAAUCCUGGGAUGAACAGCUAUCGCCUGACCAUGAUAUUUGUGCCGCAUACUUCUUGCAGGAUUAUGAAUUUAAUAGCACGCAUGAUGGUUUGCAAAUGCUGGUCGGGAUACGCAUCUUUACGAUGCCGCUUACAUUUUCCCUUAGCGUAACUAGCACGGAAAGCUAUCGUGAUGUAGCAUUUUGUAUAAGAACGUCCGGUUCGACAGGGCCUCCCAAAACAGUCCUCGUGCCAAGUACCUGCAUAAUGCCAAACGUGCUAUCACUUCACAAUCGAUUUGGAUUGAGUGAUCGUGACGUAAUUUUUGUAUGCUCGCCUCCAACAUUUGAUCCAUUUGUUCUCGAUAUUGUCAUGGGAUUGCGAGUUGGCGCUACCCUCGUAAUGGUGGAUAAUUCUAUACGCUUAUCUCCAAAACGGUUAUUGGGUGUACUGUUUCCUGGAAUAACGUUUAUGCAAAUGACGCCUUCUAUGUUCACACGUUGGAGUAAAACUGACAUGCUGGACAUCAUUUUUGGUCCUCAAACAACGCUCAGAACGCUUGUACUAGGUGGUGAACGUUUCCCGGUAUUGCCACGUGCAGCUGAUUGUCGUGUAAGUGUGUAUAAUAUUUAUGGGAUAACGGAGGUUUCCUGUUGGAGCAUGAUUCAAAAAGUUCAAAGCCAAGACAAUCAGACUGACAUACCUCUAGGAGAAGUACUUGAUCAAUCAAUCGUUCUACAGAUUAGGAAUGAAAUCGACGGUAGUGUGCAAGCGGAUCAUCUGGCAAAUGGAUCUAAAAUAGGUCAAUUGUAUAUUGGAAGCUGCUCCCGGAAAUGUGUGAUACUAGGUAUGUCUGAGGAUGAUGAUACAUUGUCAACUAUGCCUGAUGUUGUGUUCCGGGCGACAGGAGAUUUGGUAGAACUUAGCAAAGAAGGCAAUUAUUAUUAUCGUGGACGAUGUAGCAGAACAAUUAAACGUUUUGGAUGUCGAAUAAGCUUGCCGAAAUUGGAAGCCGUGUUACAAACUCAUCCAUCAGUUGAACAGUGCGCAUCAUGCUUUAUUGAGGAGCUUAAUCAGCUUGUAAUAUACUUCAAGUCAGACACCGAUGAUUCCUCUUUACGCGAAGCACUAUGGAGCAUAAUGCGCGCCAAAUUAAGAGCAGAAAUGCUUCCAGACGAAUUACAUCGCAUUGAACAAUUUCCCCUUUCUGCCCAUGGUAAAAUUUGUCCAAAAGGAUUAGGAGUCAUUUUUGAGAAUUUAAAACAAUCUCGUAUCAAGGAAUGUAUCACUCCGGUGGAUUAUUUUUGUGCAGAGCUAAAUGCGAUGGGGAUCAUACACGAAAGCCAACCUAUAGAAAGUGGUCGAACCAAAAAACCGAAACCAAACUCAUCAUUUAUGGACCGUGGAGGAACAUCUUUCAAUGCCAUUUGUUUGCAUGCUACAUUGGAAGAGCAUUUUAAGAUACAACUACCAGGAUUGAUGGCAUUGCUGUUGGAUCCGUUGAUUCCAUUGGAAAAAGCAAUCGAUUAUAUACAAUCCAAAAUUGCAACUUCAAAUAGUAAUUGCUUGCAAGACGAUGUUACCAUCCAAAACCCGGCGGAAAAACUUCUAUCAAUCGAGCGUCAAUACGAUUUGAAAAAAUGUAUCGAUUCUCGUGCUUCAAUAAUAUAUUGCCAGGGUAUUGGGGCAAUAUUGAGCGUCGGCAGUCAUGCGGGAUUGCUGGUAACGAUCAAUAUCGAGACGAAUGCGAUCAUUUCACACCAUUUGUUCCCCGACCGUAUUGAGUGCUCGGUCAACUUUUUCACCCUCGAGGCCAAUGUGUACGGUAUUGUUGGAUGCUAUGAUGGGUUUUUGUACUGCUUCAAUCCGUGGAAAGGCGCGAGUAUAGCUUGGAAGUACGACGCUGGAGGAAUGAUUAAAUGUGCGCCACUUGUAGUACCGCAAACAAACGUAAUCAUCUUUGGGAGCUAUAGCACCUCAAACAAUUUGCAUUGUGUUGCAGGGGGAAAUCGUAGUGGUACGCUCCGAUGGAAGAUACGAAUAGGAACCAAACCAAUUUUGUGCCAACCGAUAGUUUUGGGAGGCGAUGGGGCAGAAUUUGUCUUGGUUGCUACUCUGGACGGUACCAUUGCAUCAAUCAGCAUAGCAACAGGGUGUUUGGCGUGGAAAAGAACAACGCAGCGCAGUGUUCCAAUUUUUAGCACUCCUACCUUCCUGCCAGAAUACAACAAGAUCGCUUGUUGUAGCGUUGAUGGUACACUAGGAAUAUACGAAACAAAACAAGGAACCGAGUUAACGAUCCAUUCCCUUCCUGGCAAUGUGUUUUCAUCGCUCGUCAUGUUAAAAUAUCCCCUCGAUCGAGUAGAUUUUAUCGUUGGCUGUUACGAUCGGCAUGUCCACUGUGUAGAAUAUUUACCUACAAACAGUAACACACUCAUUACAAAAUGGAAAAUUGAAGUUCAAUCACAAAUCUACGCAACUCCAUUGUUAGUAGAAGGCUAUCUCGUGGUUUGCACAACGUCGGGAUGGAUUAAUUUAAUCGAUACUCGCGAUAGUAGUGAUGCGAAAAAUAGCAUUAUUUCCAGCAUGAAAUUGAACGGUGAGCUAUUUGCAUCACCAGUAGGGUAUGGUAAAAAGGUGUUUGUCGGGUGCAGAGAUAACUUUUUGUAUGAAAUACUGUUGAAUAUUUAGUACAAGGAAUUAACAAACCAGACAUUAA